UGACUGUAAUAACUAGUGACGACCGUGACGUAGGGCUAGUCCAGAAAACGCGCGCACCGCUUCCUGGGGCAGGUUAUGCUCUCAUGCGGAGGUUCAGACUUUCAUGAGCUAAACUGGCAACAGUUUUCCAUAUGGUGAUGAACAGCAAUUACGAAGUUCGACCAUCGUUACAGCACAUCAGUGAAACAUGAUGAAGAAAGAGAUUGCAGCAGUGGUGUUUUUCCUGAAAAGACUGAUCAAGAAGGUGGAAAGGUUGGAUACCCAGAAAGUGGACUUGUUUGUUGAGCGGUUGACUGUUGCCCUGCAGGAGAAGUUCAGGGGGCAUUGGUAUCCUGACAACCCCAGCAAAGGACAGGCCUUCAGGUGUAUUCGGGUGAACAGGUUGCAGAGGGAGGAUCCAGAGUUGCUGCGGGCCUGCCAGGAGAGUGGGGUUCAGUACAAGGACCUUGGCCUGCCCAGAGAACUCACCCUGUGGGUGGAUCCAGGGGAGGUGUGCUGCAGAUAUGGAGAGCGAAACCUUGCUUUCACAGUUGCCAGUUUCUCUGGUGAUGACAAAGAGGAUGUGACCAGCGCUGUCGAGAGGGUGACAUCUGACUACCACUCCUGUUCCUCCUCAGACGAGGAUAGUGGCCUCAGGGAAACCCGUCCUCCCCCUACCUUUCCUCAAAAUCGCCAUAAAUACCAGGUGAUCUACCCAGCUACUCCUUUGUGGCGUCCUCCAGUGCCCAAGCAGAAGAUGUGGCCGGGUAAAGGAUAUAAUGGACCUCCACGUCCUCCUCACUAUGACUUCAGAACUCAAGGUAGACCCACCCAGCCCUUCAGACACAACGACUGGGCCCCACCUGUGGGCCACAGAAGGUGGCACGGAUACUGGGGUGGCACUCCAGGCCUGGCUCACUGUUAGGGACCACCUUAGCAAGUGUUGCUGUUAGUGUUAACCUGUUCCAGGUUCCCUGAGCUGUGAAAGGGUGUCCACUGAAGCAAGCAAUAUAGUUCUUGUUGGAGGAGAAUGAGAGGGCAAACUAAAAUUCACUAACAUGACUGACCACAUUUUAAAAAACUAUUUUAGUAGUUUAAUAGUCACUCUGGAAACUCUUGAAUUUGUUUAAUUCUUUUUGUGAUAAGAACAUUAACUCUUUGCACUUUAGAUCAUUUGUAAUCGUGUGAGUAAAGGAAUCUACAGUUGUAAUGGAGAAGGAAUAUUGGAAUUUGUAUUUUCAUGUAUUUUAUAGCUAUGAAGAUAUAUGUACUGUAUUUAUAUUUGAUGGAUAAUUGUAUGUUACCUACUGUACUGUCCAUCAGUUAUGUUCUGAGAAUUUAUUUAUUCAGUUUACUCAUGAAUUGUGCCAACCUCUUAAAUUAUGAGACAUUAAACAAAUUUUCAA